CUGGAACGUUAACAUCGGUACAGACGAAAUAGGGGAUAGACAAAGCCCUUCAAGGUAUAUGUUCACGCGUUCGUUGUUCGCUACUCGGCUACAGCUUUUGCCGUGCAGACGGAGCCAUGCCUCGGCAGAUCUGAAAACCGCUACCGCUUGUGGUGCUUUAUGGGCAACGGUGACGGAUGACGCUCCCUGAGCCUGGGCACGGUUCUACCUCGGGAGGCUUCCUUGAAAUGCUUUAUAAUGAACAAAAGCAAGGAAUGCUCGAAUAUAGGAGUACAUGUAACCGAGACGACAGUCAGUCUAUGGGGACAGGCGCUAGCGAGCCUCUAGCCGCCCCUGACGAACUACCGCAACAACAACAGCAACAGGAUGCGCAGCAGCAAGAACAGGAGGCGCAGCAGCAACAACAAGAGCCCCAGCAGCAGCCAUUACAAGAGCCCAAGCAGCAGCCAUUACAAGAGCCCCAACAGCAGCCGCAACAGCACCAUCAGCAGCAAAAACAGGAGCCACAGCCGCAACACCCUCCUCACCUACCCUCCUCUGAGCAGCCGUCACAUGUCGCACCCUUGGAACCGCAGCCAGCUCAGCCACUCCCUCCACAGCAGGAGCAGCAGCAACCCGCACAGGGACCCGCACGGACCCCGUCCGGAAACGACCAACCGCAGGCCCCAACGCCACGGGUCCGGCGCAAGAGAAAGAACGAGGCUGGCAACUCUCAGGCGGCUGGAGCUGCUGCUGCUGCUGCUGCUGCUGAUGGCACAACCAGACGGACCCGCGCACGGACUGCCAGCGACGCUUCGGCCAGCCAGCAAGUACAACGGCAGCAGCAGCGGCGGCGGCAACAGGAAGCCGUUGCAUCUGGCAGCUCAGGGGAGGCGGUUGCGGGGUGUCGGCCGAACCAGGGUAGGCGGAAGGCAGGCCCCCCUUCCGACAUCUACCCAGAUGGCAGAUCGCUGUGUGAGAGCUUCGUAAGUAACAAGCGAAUCCUCCUGUGCGGGGCCAUGGUCCAGGAGGGCGGAGUGUUUAAGGAACUGUACGACCUGAAAAAACACGGGCAGCUCGGACAGAUCACAUUCGUGGAUGCGAACGGCGCCCCGAAGUGGCAGGUCAGGCCGACGAAACGCAGGUCCCAAGACAUUAUUAUAGAAGAAGAUAAAAUGAAGGAACUGUAUGACCACUACGAGGCGCGGGUGGAGGAUGUGGUCAGGUUUGAAAAGAUUGACCUGACCACGUACUACAUCCGCUGCAUCCACAAGCCCCGAGAAGGCGCCGCAGCGGCUGACGAACACCCCCACGCGGGCAACGACGGCAACCAACACGCAGCCAACGCCCCCAACGGCCAAGCGGACGUCGCUGCCCCGGGCGCGGCGACCCAUGGGUCCGCGGAUGACGCCGCUGCCCCGGGCGCGGCGACCCAUGGGUCCGCGGAUGACGCCGCUGCCCCGGGCGCGGCGACCCAUGGGUCCGUGGACGAGGCAGCUGCCCCGGGCGCGGCGACCCACGGGUCCGUGGACGAGGCAGCUGGCGCCGGCAGCGCAGCAGCCCACCUGAGCCCUGAACCUGCACCUGAGAGCCACGCAAGCGGGAGUGCGGCUGCUGCUGCUGCUGCAUCAGACGCCUCCGUCGCUGCUGGGUCCCAAUCAGAGCCACCGCCUCAGCGGACAUCCACCAUUGGUGCACAUGACGCCACCGCCUCAGACGCCAUCGUCGCCGACAACAACACUGGCGACGCCACCGUCGACGACGCCGCUGCCGACGACAACAACACUGGCGACGGCAACACUGGCAACGCGGCCACAGCUGCUGCGGCUUGCGGCCAAGACGCCCAGCCUGUGGGGCCUGCUGUGGCGGCAACACAUGCUGUCAUGCACGGCGCUGCCGCAGCUGCCGGCUCCACCCCCGCUGCCGGCGCCGGUGCCGCCACCGGGUGUGCAAGUGCGGAUGCGCAAGAGAGCGGUGCUACAGGAGGGGCAGAGGCAGCGGGAUGCGGGAGCCAUGUCGCUGAUGGCGACCAGGCAGCAGCUCCUCUGGACGUUGUCGCUCUCGCGGGGCAGCAGCUCCCGGGCGCAUGGGAGGGCGCCAGCGGCAGCAGCAGAAGCGGUGAUGUGGUCGUCGACGGGG